AUGGCAACAGAAGGUGUACAAGGAGGUAGUUCGGGUGGCACACAAUCUCCUGUAUCAUCGGUUACAGCAUCUUCAGUUGUAGGUUCCAGAAAAAGAAAAGAGCCUGCUAACAAAAGUCCUCUUUGGGAUUUUUUUACAAGGAGACAAGUUGCUAAGGGUGUGCUAGAUAAGUAUAAUUUAGAGAAGAAGCUUUUGUUAAGUGAGCUAAAGGCAAGUGGUGAUGAUAUUGGGAGGGAAAUAGAGCAAUGUUUAAGGAAGUGGGAGAUUAACAAAGUGUUUACUAUCAUAGUAGAUAAUGCAAGUGCUAAUGAUGUGGCUGUGUCGUACAUGAAAAGAAGGCUUUCCAGUUACAAGACAUUAAUGUUUGAUGGGGAUUUUUUGCAUAUAAGAUGUGCAUGCCACAUCAUCAACUUGAUAGUGAAGGAUGGUUUAAAGGAGUUAAAGGGUGGGGUUGUAACAAUAUGGAACUGUGUGAAAAUGGUUGAAGAGGAUUGCCCAUUCAAGAGUUAUUUUCAAGAAAAAGACAAAUCUGGUAAUACCGACAUCGAUAAGGCCACGCUUACAGAAGAUCUUAUUCUGAAGAGGGUUGCAACUUCUAUGAAAUCAAAGUUUAAUAAGUAUUGGGGAAGUAUUAAGUCAAUUAACAAGGUUGUCAUGAUAGCUAAUGUUCUUGAUCCGAGAUACAAGUUGCAGUGGGCUAAAAUAGCUUUGAAUAAGGUUAAGGCAAGUCAUCUAGUAAUUGAGUCAAUAGAAAGUGACUUAAAGAGAAUAUUGAUGAGGAUGUAUGAUGAAUACAAAAGAGUUGAGAUUAGGGACCCUGAACAAAGUUAUCAUUAUGUUGUGGAAGAUUUGGGUGUGUAUGAUGAUGAACUAGAUGGGCUUGAUGAAAUCAGCACGGAGAUAGAAAAACAAAGGAUGUCAGAGCAAUCACAAUGCAUAAUGAAUGAGGUCGACCAAUAUUUAUCCGAUAGAUAUAUUAGUCUUCUUAAUGAAUCAACAUAUCCAGUUCUAUCAAAGUUAGCUAAAGAUACAUUUGAUGUACCUUGCUCAACCGUGGCUUCAGAGAACGCAUUCAGUUUAGGUUCACGAGUGGUUGAUCUGUUUAGAGCUUCAUUGACACCAAAAACAGUUGAAGCUCUUGUUUGCACAACUGAUUGGUUACGUGCCUCUCCUGUUAACUUCAGCUUAUAUGAAGAUCCAACUGAGUAUGCCUUAAAGUUUUAUUAUGAAUUAGAAGAAUGCGAGAAAGAAAAUCUUUAUAAUCAAGUGGGCGAGGCAGUCGGAAAUGCUACAAGCUAG